AUGUGCUACGAUGUGGACGACGGAUGGAAGGGACCGGCGCUUUACGAAUCGCAAGGGGAUCUGAAUAGGAUGCCUGGAACAGAAAACAUCACCAGCAGAACGACGGGCAAGCCAAGCAAAGAAAACGUCUGCCUUCACGAAAGAAGCAGAGAAAAGAGUGCAUCGCCACUCUGGCGAUCAAGGUUGACUACACCGUCCUUUGCUGGUCUCUCACUCCAGGAACUCUCGAGCGCUGAUGAAUACCUCGCUGGAAGCAGAAGCAGUUUCAUCGAACAAGAAUGGUUCCGGACUUCCUACCGGCUCCCCGUGCGACCUUGCGAACUCGAUCCUCCGUCACAAGGAUGUGUGAAGGAGCAUCACACAUCUACGACUGCUUCAACCUCCUUCGAUACCUUUUCCGUCGGCUUCUUCGCCGAUGCCACACCUCUUGCCGCCGAAAUGAUGACGAAUCUUCCUUACUCCUCGACAAGCCAAGUUAAGCAAGGAUACGUCUCAUAUAUUGGCAGAGCGAGUCUCAAGCCACACCCGCAGCGACGAGGAGCAAACAAUUGCGACUGCCAUCUUCGGGUACUGGAACGAGCAGAAGAGAGGUGUCACCCCCUCCCAGUUGGCAGAAGGAGCCCAUGGACAGGAUCUUUGCGAAUCGUGUGCGAGAUACUAUCUCCACAUUCGUCAUAUGAAUCCUUUGAUUCGGCGACACCAUCUACUAAAGACGAUGAGCACAAUGAAGAAUCUCAGGAGGAUCGAGACGCAAGAAACACUCAGGAGCACUCUCGAUCGCGACGACGACAGGCUACUUCUCCAGUAGAGGUUGUACCGGUGCCAAAUACCACGCGAGUGCCGACCGAUGGCAAUGCAGAUGAGCAUGAUGAUAUUGCGGGGAUCGGCAUGCCUUCGUGUACACGCUCGCCGACAAGUACGACAUCCCAAACCUCAAAGGAGAAGUUCCGCGACGAAGCGUUCUACUGCACUGCGAACCUCGAAACGCUACAUCUGUUUCUGAAGGUUGUGCCGUUCGUGUAUGAGCACACUGCGCCAGGAGAGACGGGCCUCCGAUCGUGCAUCGUCGAAGCCUGGCGUGAGAGAGCCGAAUAG